CAGCGUCCUGAGCUGGUGGCAGACCUACCCUGACUUUCACUAGGACUCACCUCUCACAUUCCAGAAAACAUGACCCUCGCGGCCUACAAAGAGAAGAUGAAGGAACUCCCGCUGGUGUCCUUGUUCUGCUCCUGUUUCCUGGCAGACCCCCUGAAUAAUUCAUCCUAUAAAUAUGAAGGCUGGUGUGGGAGAGAGUGUAGGAGAAAAGAUGAAAGCCAGCGGAGAGACAGUACUGACUGGAGAGAAAGAAGAGAGCAGGCAGACACGGUGGACCUGAACUGGUGUGUAAUUUCCGACAUGGAAGUCAUCGAGCUGAACAAAUGUACCUCUGGCCAGUCCUUUGAAGUCAUCCUGAAGCCACCCUCCUUUGAUGGGGUGCCCGAGUUCAAUGCCUCCCUCCCCCGGAGGCGAGACCCAUCGCUGGAAGAAAUCCAGAAGAAACUGGAAGCGGCUGAGGAGCGAAGGAAGUACCAGGAAGCUGAGCUUCUGAAGCACCUGGCAGAGAAGCGAGAACAUGAGCGGGAGGUGAUCCAAAAAGCCAUUGAGGAAAACAACAACUUCAUCAAGAUGGCAAAGGAAAAACUGGCUCAGAAGAUGGAGUCCAACAAGGAGAACCGGGAGGCCCACCUUGCCGCCAUGUUGGAACGGCUGCAAGAGAAGGACAAGCACGCGGAGGAGGUGCGGAAAAACAAGGAGCUGAAGGAGGAGGCCUCCCGGUAA